GUUCCUUCUAUGAAUGAAGCAUUUUGUCGGAUUCAGCGCAUUGUCCCUCCGUCUUCUACAUCAUCUAAAGAUAAUUCAGCAUUUGUGGCUAGUAGUGGUGUUCGUGGUCGUGGUGGAUUUUCUAAUAGAGGUCGUGGUUUAGGGGGAGGUCGCGGUCGUGGUGGUGGACGUAGUGGACAAAAUUCUGAUCGAGAUAGCCGUCAGUGUAUAUACUGCGGCAAAUCUGGUCAUAUUGUUGACACAUGUUGGGCCAAGCAUGGCAAGCCUGAGUGGGCUCAGCGAUUAGUUACUGCAAAUGCUGCUAUGGCUGAAGGGAGUGCUGGAAAUGUGUCUUACGGCGACACGAAUCCAUCUAUCCCAAGUGGGGGUAGUUCUUCUGAGUCCGCGUCUCGGGAUGAUACGGUCACACAACUCAUCAAGCGUGUCCAACAACUGGAGGCUUCCAAUUUCUCAUCUACUGCCACUCUUGCACGUACAGGACCUUCAGACAAAGAAGAAGAUUGGUGGAGGGCAUGAACAUGAUGGACUCUAUUAUCUGGAUGGUGUCUCCACUGCUGACGCCAAUGGUCUAGCUGCUAGUCCUAUUACCCCCUAUUAUGGCAUUCCCGUUUAGGGCAUUUAUCUUUAUUUAAGUUACAGCAAAUAAUUCCCGAGUGUAAAUCAAUUUCUACUCUUGAGUGUGAGGCUUGUGAACUUGGGAAACAUCAUCGUAGUUCUUUUCCUAGUCGUAGUGAUUCUCGUGCAUCUACUUUAUUAGAACUUGUUCAUUCAGACAUCUGGGGACCUUCCCGUAUUGCUAACAGAAAUGGUUUUAAGUACUUUGUUACUUUUGUGGAUGAUUAUUCUCGUCUAACAUGGCUCUAUAUGCUUCAUGAUCGUUCUGAAUUUUUACAUGUUUUUCAAUUAUUUCAUCGUGAAGUUACUAAUCAGUUUAAUACAUCCCUUAAAAUUUUGCGAACAGAUAAUGCUCUAGAAUACUCACAAAAAUCAAUUUCUUUGUUUUGUUCUAGUCUUGGCAUUAUACAUCAAACAAGUUGUACUUAUACCCCUCAGCAGAAUGGUGUGGCCGAGAGAAAGAACCGUCACCUUCUAGAAGUUGCUCGUUCACUCUUGUUACAUAUGCAUGUCCCAAAAUCAUUUUGGAGUGAUGCUGUCCUUACUGCUUGUUACCUCAUAAAUCGUAUGCCUUCCACUGUCCUCAAUCAACAGUCACCAAUCAGUAUUGUAUUUCCUGACAAGCCGUUAUUUCCUCUUACCCCGCGUGUCUUUGGGUGUGUCUGCUUUGUCCAUAAUCUACGACCUGGUGCUGAUAAACUAUCCCCUCG